AUGGGGAGGGAUUUGGAAAAAGGUGAUGCUCAUCUGAAGCUAUUCUUUUCUACUACUAGCAAGCAGUCAUCCGUCCUGGCCACCGUCCAUCCAUGCACAUUCUUUCAUCCUCAGCUCCUGGACAUGUUGCUCCAUCUCUGUCCUCCGAUGGAUGUGUACGAUUACUACACGUCACGACUAUCAAUUGCUUGCAAUGAGAUUUUAUCACGAAUCCGAGAUCACAGCUAUGGGCUGGAUGCAUAUUUCCUGGAAUCGGUUAUCGAUCGAAUAUUCAAUGAUCCGCAGAUCGACCUUCUGUCGGUGCUCCCGCGACCAGUUUCGGAUGUGGGAGUGGAAUACGAUCAACUUGCAAGUGUGGCCCUGGAAUUGCAAGUCAUUAGGGCUGUGGUGCAACAGAAAUGGUCCACGACAAGCAUCACGAUAUUUUCUCAUGCAGCAGAUAUUCUUACUUGUACUUUCAUUCUCAGCACUUGUCUAAGGUAA